UCAGAGUUUUAUUGCUUUAACUUCACAAAAUGAAUAAUGUAUGUAUCUACAUAGAACAAACACCUCUUUUCUGACUUCUGACUCUAUGCGAGUCAACACCCAAAUUUGACCGAAGUAGUCCGAAGUUUGAACUAAUCACAACCGUGGUGGGAGGCAACCUUAACUGUUUUGUUUUGGUUCGCGAAAAGGGAAGAUCCACAGGAUCCACUGCGGUUGGAUUUGAGUUUUUUAGGUGGAUAGAUAUUCAGAUAAAUUUCGAACAUGUCGCUGGCGGAGGAACUUUUGGCUGACCUGGAAGAGGAUCAGGAAACUAAGGAAGAUGACGAACUGAAGGGUUUGAUUGCAGCAUCUGCUGCUAAAACAGAAAUAGACCGAGAUGAGUUCAUGGAAGACCUCAGCAAAACCAAUUUUUCAAAACUAGCUAUGAAAGUAGAUUCGGUUAGACAAGUCGCAAAGCUAAGGGACUCUGCAAUGCUGAACCGAAUUAUGAAGGAAAUCGAAGAUUUCUCAAAGGCGCCUAGAUCGGUGGCGGAAAUGCAUUCAGGUGGAGCCGGUGAGAUGGACCCUGAGUAUCAACUCAUUGUACAGGCUAACAAUGUGGCAGCUGAAAUUGAAAAUGAAAUUAGCACCAUCUAUCAGUUUGUCAAGGAGCGCUACUCAAGGCGGUUUCCUGAGCUAGACUCGCUGGUUGUGCAGCCUUUGGACUACAUUAAAACUGUCCGGGAACUAGGCAAUGAGCUGGAAAAUGUUAAAAAUAACGAGGCUCUUCUCCAAGUUCUCACACAAGCCACCAUCAUGGUUGUCUCAGUCACUGCGUCAACUACUCAGGGGCAAAUGCUGAACGAAAACGAGUUGGAUUCCAUCAAGGAGGCGUGUGACAUGGCCAUCGAGGUGCAUGACUUCAAGCUGCGCAUCCUUGAUUAUGUGGAGGCUCGCAUGGCGUUCAUCUCACCAAACCUGUCGGCCAUCGUUGGGGCGUCAACCGCGGCCAAAAUGAUGGGUCUGGCUGGUGGCCUGUCCCGACUGGCUAAUAUGCCUGCUUGCAAUGUUCAGGUCCUGGGAGCCCAGAAGAAAACCCUGUCAGGAUUCUCGCAGGUAGCCGCCCUGCCGCACACAGGCUUUGUAUACUAUUGCGAAUUGGUCCAAGAAACGCCGCCUGACAUGCGGUUGAAGGCUUCUAGACUGGUUGCUGCAAAGUGCGCCCUGGCAGCCAGGGUGGACGCUGGUCAAGAAAGCAGAGACGGUUCCAUUGGACAGAUGUUCAGGGAGGAAAUUGAGAAGAAACUUGACAAAUUACAGGAGCCGCCUCCAGUGAAAUUCAUCAAACCCUUGCCAAAACCAGUUGAUCCAUCAAGAAAGAGGCGAGGUGGCAAGCGGGUGCGCAAAAUGAAAGAGCGCUACGCAGUGACGGAGCUGCGGAAGCAGCAGAACAGGAUGAACUUUGGCGAUAUUGAGGAGGACGCGUACCAGAAUGACUUAGGCUACACCAGAGGUACCAUCGGCAAGUCUGGCACUGGCAGAAUCAGACUGCCCCAGGUUGAUGAAAAGACCAAGGUACGCAUUUCAAAAACGCUGCACAAGAAUCUUCAAAAGCAGCAGCAGUGGGGCGGCAGCACCACAGUCAGAAAGCAGGUUUCAGGAACUGCUUCCAGCGUCGCAUUCACUCCCAUGCAGGGGUUGGAGAUCGUGAAUCCGCAAGCAGCAGAGAAAGUGGGUGGAGAGGAAAAUGCAAAAUAUUUCUCCAGCACAUCUGGGUUUCUGCAAGCAUCAAGGAAAUGAAACUAAAUUGUAUUUAAAUAAAUUCCAUGUCCUUUUAAA